GAGAAAGAAUCCUGGGUUACGCUGAGGAGCCCUGCUAUCUCUGGUUUGUCAUGGAGUUCUGUGAAGGCGGAGACCUGAAUCAGUAUGUCCUGUCCAGGAGGCCGGACCCAGCUACCAACAAAAGCUUCAUGCUGCAGCUCACGAGCGCCAUUGCCUUCCUGCACAAGAACCACAUCGUGCACAGGGACCUAAAGCCAGACAACAUCCUCAUCACGGAGCGCUCUGGCACCCCCAUCCUCAAGGUGGCCGACUUUGGGCUGAGCAAGGUCUGUGCUGGGUUGGCCCCCCGAGGAAAAGAGGGCCAUCAAGACAACAAAAAUGUGAAUGUGAAUAAAUACUGGCUGUCCUCAGCCUGUGGCUCGGACUUCUACAUGGCUCCCGAAGUCUGGGAGGGACACUACACAGCCAAGGCCGACAUCUUUGCCCUGGGCAUUAUCAUCUGGGCAAUGAUAGAACGAAUCACUUUUAUUGACUCUGAGACCAAGAAGGAGCUCCUGGGGACCUAUAUCAAACAGGGGACCGAGAUCGUCCCUGUUGGUGAGGCGCUGCUAGAAAACCCAAAGAUGGAGUUGCACAUCCCCCAGAAACGCAGGACUUCCAUGUCUGAGGGGAUCAAGCAGCUCUUGAAAGAUAUGUUAGCUGCUAACCCACAGGACCGGCCUGAUGCCUUUGAACUUGAAACCAGAAUGGACCAGGUCACAUGUGCUGCUUAAAAUUCAGGGCAAAGCAUCUUGAGUGUUUUUAACUAGGUGAGUGUACUCUUUUCCCU